ACUUGUGGUUGGAUCAUCAGUCUACAUGGCUUUUACUUCACUCCUACUCCAAAAAGAACAUACAUUAGCAAUAAUACCCCACAACACUCGUUCUAUUUUUUUCUCUUUAUCAUCAUUUCAGUUACACCACCACUCUUAUGUUCUAACUCUAUAUUCAAACACUAGAGAAGCACUCCUUAUUCUAUCUAUCCAAUGAAGAUAUCAAGAGGCAAGCUCCCACUAUCCAUCAUGGUCAUUGUCAUCUGUGCCAUCGCAUUUGCUGGUGUGAUAUUCACUGAGGAUCUUCGGGCUCUCACUGGUAUAUCCAUCUUUAAGUUCAAAGCUUGUUCUAGUAAAGUUUCAGAAGAGAAAGAGAAGGCAAGGUCUGCCGCUCUUAGUGAUGAUACAAUCGAUGAAGAUAAGAUUGAUUUCGAUCCUAAUGAGUGUAGCGUUACAAAGGGUAUGUGGGUAUUCAACAGUUCUAUUGAGCCACCCUAUACAGAUGAGACAUGCCCAUAUGUGGAUACACAAAUGUCCUGUGCGAAGAAUGGAAGGCCUGAUAGUGAUUAUCUCCAUUGGGAGUGGCAAUUGGAUGACUGCAAUUUGCCUAGGUUUGAUCCUGUAGCAGUAUUGGAGAAACUUAGGGGGAAAAGGCUAAUGUUUGUGGGAGACUCACUGCAGAGAGGGCAGUGGCAAUCAUUUGUAUGUCUUGUCCAAUCUCAUAUACCACCAGAAGAGAAAUCCAUGAACAGAAGUCGCCCCCUCUCAGUCUUUAGCGCCAAGGGAUACAAUGCAACAAUCGAGUUCUACUGGGCGCCAUUUCUUGUUGAAUCAAACUCUGAUCUUCACAUCGUGACAGAUACAAGAAAGAGAAUACUGAGAAUAGAUUCAAUUUCGAAACAUGCACAACACUGGAUUGGAGUUGACAUCCUAGUGUUCAAUACUUACGUAUGGUGGAUGAGUGGUCUAAGAAUGAAGUCUCUGUGGGGUUCAUUUGCAAACGAUCUGGAAGGGUUUGAGGAGCUCGAUGCGGUAGUUGCUUACAGGCUUGCCCUCAAGACAUGGGCUAAUUGGGUUGACUCUACUAUAAACCCGAACACUACAAGAAUUUUCUUUACUACAAUGUCCCCUACACACAUGAGGAGUGCAGACUGGAACCAUAAGAAUGGCAUCCGAUGCUACAAUGAGACAAGACCAGUAAUGAAGAGAGGAUACUGGGGAAGCGGAUCAGACAAAAGGUUUAUGGAAGUGGUUUCUAGUGUAGUAGGAAGAAUGAAAGUCCCCGUGAAUUUCAUCAAUAUAACACAGCUAUCAGAGUACCGCAUUGAUGGGCAUGCCACAGUUUAUACUGAGAUUACAGGGGAGGUAUUGACAGCCGAGGAGAAGGCUAACCCAAAAAAGUAUGCUGACUGCAUCCAUUGGUGCUUGCCUGGAGUCCCAGAUACUUGGAACAAAAUCUUUUAUGCGUAUUUGUAACCAAAGUUGGAUAAUCAAAGACAUGAUAAAUUUAUUUAUUCAGUUCUUUCCAUUCAAA